UAUUAAGAUUUCACUUGCCAAGGAAUAAACUCCUCAAGGUAUGUGCAUAUUUGCAAUAUGAAUUCUUUCAUAAGUGCUCAACAACAUAAAGAAUCAAAAGUAAUUGAGGAGGAUCUAGUUCUUUUUCAGUAUGGACAUGUAUUAGGAGGAUAGUUUUUCAUUUCCACCUUCCCUGUACAGAAUGUGUACUCAGCUGUGUUACUAUAAAAAUUUUAUGGUAUAGGAACUUUGCGUAUCAUCAUCAGCUACUCUUGUGUGGCUGAAAGCUUUCAAGUUUUUACUUUCUUACUUUAAUGGGAGAAACUCUCUUUUACUGGUUUCCCCUCUACUUUUUAUUUUAGAGGUGAUGACUGAUCAAUCUGCAUGUAUCAUCAGCUUACUCUUAUGUGGCUGGACUAAAAUAAUGUACAAUUGAAAUCCCAUCUACUUCUUAUACUUGCUUUGUGUAUUACUUUUAUCAACAUCUGGUACACUUGUGCCAUUCCUAAUUUCCUGGAAACUUCUUCUCUACAAACCGAUGAUUCUUUAUGCAUUAAUAUUCUCUUUCUGAUUACAAAAAAGGUUAGCAUGGUUUGUGGUUCAUAGCCAUCAAGUAUAUCAAAGGCUUAUUAUACCUUUAGGUCAAAUAAUUGAAUAGUUUUGUCCAUGUAAAUGUUUUUUGAGCUUCAAGUGUACACAAUGUAAAUAUUCACCUAAUUUUGUACUAAAAUUUAAUUUUUUGAUUUAGAAAAAAAAAAGGCUUAAUAGUCACUUUGGUCUUUUAAAGAUCCAUGGUCAGUCCUUUUAAUCCUUGAAACAUGGAAAUAAGUAAAUUAGUCUCUAAAAGAUGUAAAUUGAUUAACUUAGCCUUGGAAAUAUGAAAAUUGAUUAAAAGUUUGGGGAAAUAACUUCCGCCAUGGGAAUAUAAGAUACCCAUCCUUGAACUGUUGAACAUGAGAAUGAAAUUUGAAGAAAAACAAUGUAAAUUGCAUGCCUUGGAAUUCAUAAUACCUAAGAAUAAUUUUUCUGAAACUUAUAUUAAACAUGAGAAUGUUACAUUCCCAACCUAACUUACCCGGGAAUGUAUAAAGACCCUUUCUACCAAGCACCCCCUAAUAAGGAACGGAGGAGUAUCACAUUCAGUUUAGCUUCUACUUCCAAUUGUCGUUUGGGUUUUUACACAUCAGGAUUAUUUGUUUCAUAUAUUAUUUAUUAUUUUUUAAUUAAACUAAAAAAAUAUAUCGAUAAUUAUAGAUUAUGUGAACUAGUAGGAACAGAAAAAAAUAAAAAUAUUUAGUAUUUAGCGUGUGUUUUGUUUAAGAGUUUUUGGUGCCAAAUUGGGUGCCUAUAUCAAAAUUGCGUAAUCAUUGAGCAGUGCUCUUGAAAACACAUGAUAAGGAUAAGAGGACGACUAGGGAUGGUAUUUGCCAAAAAUGUUUUAAUUGCUAAAUUGGAAGGGUGUUCUUUUUCUAGUUUGCAUCGCCUCCUCAAGUUGGAGUUGGGAUUUUUGGGGGCAUGUCGUUCCUCUCCUAGGGAGGCGCCUUCAGGGGUUGUGCAGUUCCAAUCUUAGAAGAUAUGUGGGUUUGUCUAUGCUUCCUUCUGGGCUAGCUUUGCCUUCGUACUCGCUUUCAAGGAAGGGGAGGGUAGAUUCUAGUGUCUCUACUGAUGCCUGAUGGUAUACAACUUGGAUGUUGAUGGUGAUGUCUUUGCUGGAGAUCAACAUCCCAGGCUUGAGGAUCUAUGUUAUCAGAUAGUGUUAGUAGCCUUACGGGAUGUCUGGGGCUGUUGCUUGGCCAGAGGUGCAAAGCAACGCAUGGGUGAGAAGCUGGGGUACCACCUUUUAUUAUCAAUGAGACAACCAUUCUCGAGGCAGGACUCAAGCAACAAAAAUAAUAAGCCAGUUUCGAAGAAAAACAAGAGCCAAAGAAAAUUGGGUUCAGUUCCUCUUUACACCAAACCUCCAUUGACCAUGACCUUCUUCCCUCUCUCUCUGCCUCCCUGCUAUUUUUGCCGCUUGACGCUUUACUUUUCGUUGAUUUCCUUUCUCUUUCCCAAAAAUAUGGCCAAUUAUAUUUACAGAAACACAGAAUGUGAACCUUUUUCUUGCCACAAUUAUUUUAAAUACAAUCUAACUAUUCCAUACCGGCACAAUAAUCAACGUGAUUACUGUGGCCACCCAUCUCUGAAGCUUAAUUGUGAAUUUGAUAUGGUGACUAUCAAUAUUAAUUCCCGGAAAUUUCGUGUCCUUGAUGUUAAUCAAGAUUCCGGAAUUCUUACAAUUGUAGCCAUAGAUAUAUUGAAAUUGCACAAUGGCAUUUUCCCCAAGACUUUUACCGAUGUCACAUUGGGCUCUACCUUUUUUAUCUACACCCAAAAGGACGCACAAUAUACAUUGUUAUUCGAUUGCAGUCCCCUUCCUGACUACUCACCCCUAAAUAAAAUCCCAUAUAUACCUUUUAGCUGUGCCCAAGAUGGUGUUCAACACCAUGGACGCUUAGUGUCAACAACAAAUGCGGCACACUUCAAUAAUUUAGGAUGCAAAAACAGCAUCACCCUUCCACUCUUAGAAGAUUCCUUUAACAAAUCAGUUCCAAACUAAAUGGUCGUGGAUUAUGUUUUAUGGAAAGUGCAUGAGGCUAUACAUGAACUGGACAAAGACAUAUGCCACGAUUGCAUAAUGUCAAGAGGAAAAUGCCGACAAAACACAAUAAUUAAUCAAUUUAUGUGUGACAAAGACUCAGCCGAGCAAUCUCUUCCU